AACUGGAAAGCUAUUUUUCUUUGCAGCUGUAGCAAGAUUGGAGAAAUUUGAAUGAUAUGGCUGCAACGUUGUAAGGUUGAUUGCUUGGCCUGAAAAUAAUUGGUCGUCUUCAUUGUCUUCUGCAUGGCCGAUAGGGGAGAACGACGAAUGCUGAGACAUGUAUAUCAAACAGGUGAUAAUUCAAGGCUUUAGAAGCUAUCGUGACCAAACUAUCGUGGAACCAUUCAGCCCGCGCCACAAUGUAAUCGUGGGAAGAAAUGGCUCGGGGAAAAGUAAUUUCUUCUUUGCCAUUCAGUUUGUGCUGAGUGACGAGUUCAACAACCUGCGGCCGGAACAGCGGCAGCAGCUGCUUCACGAAGGGCCUGGUCCGCGAGUUGUAUCCGCCUUUGUUGAAAUCAUUUUUGACAACACUGAAGGCCGCCUGCCGGUUGAGCGGGAUGAGGUCAGCCUCCGUCGUGUCAUUGGCUCCAAAAAGGACCAGUACUUUCUUGACAAGAAGAAUGUAACUAAAAGUGACGUGGUUAAUCUUCUGGAGAGUGCUGGUCUCUCUCGCAGUAACCCAUACUACAUUGUCAAACAAGGAAAGAUCAAUGAACUGGCCACUGCCCCCGACUCACAACGUCUGAAUUUGCUGCGAGAGAUAGCCGGAACACGUGUCUACGAUGAGAAGCGCGAAGAAAGCAAAGCCAUUUUAAAGGAAACUGACUUGAAACGUGAGAAAGUGACGGAGCUGAUUCAGGCAAUUGAAGAGCGACUCUCCACUCUGUCCGAGGAGAAAGAAGAACUCGAAGCUUACCAAAAAUUGGACAAAAUGAGACGAUCGCUGGAGUACACCGUCCACGACAAAGAGUUGCGCACGGCCCGUGAACAGCUGGAUGAUCUUGAAGAUUCCCGUCGCACAACAUCGGACAGAGCUAACAGCCUGGCGAAGAAAGCCGCCGAGGCGUCGGAGAAAGUUCAGGGCAUAGACCGAGACCUGAACGAUGUGUCAUCGCGUGCCGACACGCUGACUCGCGAACGUCAGCAGCUGGAAGUGGAGCGCCAGGACUUCAUCCGGCAGCGUGCAAAGCUAGAGCUGAGUGUGAAGGACUUGGAAGACGGCGUAUCGGAGCACUCCAAAGGAAAGGAUCGUAUGGAAGGUGAACUUCGGCAGCUGAAUAAGAACAUCAAGACGAAGGAGGACAGCCUCUCCAAGAUCACACCAAAGUUUCAGCAAUUGCGAGCUGAGGAGGAGCAGAUGUCUGCAAGGCUGAAGAUUUCCGAGCAAAGAGUUUCUGAGCUUUAUGCUAAGCAGGGCCGUGGGCAGCAGUUUCGCUCCAAGGAGGACCGUGAUGUCUGGAUAAAGAAGGAAGCCAAAGCGCUGUCAGCAACAAUAGUGUGCAAAGAAGAUCAGCUUCGGACGGUGCGUGAUGAAGCCACCCACUUGAAGCAACGUCUUGAGACGCUGGACACUGCCAUUCAGGAGCGUAAUGCGUACCUGGAGGACCGGCGCCAGGCCAUGGACCAAGCUAACAAGUCUCACGUUGAACUCAAGAAGCAACGAGAUGAUCUCACGAAUGAACGAAAAGAGGUUUGGCGAGAAGAGGACUCCAUGAAGCAGACGCUGCAUUCAUCUCGUGAAGAGCUGAAUCAAGUGGAGCGAAACCUACGUACGACCGUCAGCAAGUCUGUGAACGCAGGUCUGGAGGCUGUGCGCCGCAUCAUCGAAGAGAAGAAGUUGGAAGGUGUGUACGGCCCAUUGAUUGAGAACUUUGAGUGCGACGAGAAGUUUUUCACAGCUGUGGAAGUGACAGCUGGUGGAAGGCUCUUUCACAUCAUCGUGGACAACGACAAGACAGCUACCACCAUCUUGCAGCACAUGAACAGACAGAAGUUGUCGGGGGAGGUGACCUUCAUGCCGCUCAAUCGGAUGCAUACCAAGGAAACCGAGUAUCCAAACUCUGCUGAUGUUAUUCCGAUGAUCCAGCGGCUGAAUUUCAACCCAGCCUUCCGGCAAAUUAUGCUGAACGUGUUUGGCAAGACGCUGAUAUGUCGGACGAUUGAGGUUGCCUCUCAAUUCUCCCAGUCGUCUAACCUAGACUGUAUUACACUGGCUGGUGAUCAAGUGAGUCGUCGCGGAGCCAUGACCGGUGGCUUCUACGACUCUCGCCGAUCGCGCAUGGCUGCACAGCGCUCCAAGUCGCAGCUAGUCACUCGCAUGGAGGCUGACCAGGGCUCUUUGGACAAGGUUGUAAAGCGACUUGCUGAGCUUGAUGGGCAAAUCACAGAGGUCUUAGGUAAUCUGCAGAGAGUGGAGACACAACAAGUUCACCUGAGAGAGUCCUAUGACCGUGAAAAGGUUAACGUACGUGGUCUUAUCAAGGAACAGCAGAUGUUAGUCAAGACCAUUGCUACCAAGGAGAACACUCUGAAUGCUGAUUCAGCUGAGUUGAAGGGCCUCAACAGCACUCUGCAAGCUCUCUCAGCCGAGCUGGGAACUGAUCUCUUGUCACAGCUUGAUACUGAUGACCAGUCCGAGCUUGCUGACCUGAGAAAACUUGUGGAUGACAUCAAGUCUGCAAUGAGACGAUGCAUAUCGGAGCGAAGUCAUUUGGAAAAGGAGAAGAACGGCAUUGAGAACGAGUUAUCGACCAAUCUUUGUCGCCGUCGAGAUGAGCUAGUGCAGGAGCUAGAUGAUAUCUCAGUUGAGGAUCGGCAGCAGCAGUUGUCUGAGAACCAGAGUGAUCUGAGGAGUGUGGUUCAGAACCUUGACCGUGCUAAGCAACGCCUCGACGAGGUUGAUCGUAACCUCGAUGACUUCAAGCAACGCCAGUAUAAACUGAGAGCGGAGUUGGAGCAGUGGAUUGUGGUCGAGCAAGAGCGUAGGGAAGCCAUGGAAGAGGACUCGAAGAAUAUGGAACGUGUUGCCAACCAGAGAACGUUAUUGCUGAAGAAGAAAGAAGAGUGUAUGCACAAGAUCCGUGAGCUGGGCUCUCUGCCGGCUGAUGCCUUUGAGAAGUACCAAAGUAUGGGACUGAAAAAGCUGUUCCGCAAGCUACAAGAGUGCAACAGUGAUCUGAAGAAGUACAGCCAUGUCAACCAGAAGGCUCUUGAUCAAUAUAUCACCUUUUCUGAGCAGAAGGAGAGGCUGGUGAAGCGAGGCGAGGAGCAGACCAAGUCAUACGAUGCCAUCGUGGAACUGAUGGAUGUCCUGGAGCAACGCAAGCAUGAGCAACUGGAGUUCACAUUCAAGCAAGUCUCCAAGUAUUUCUCCGAGAUCUUCAAGGAGUUGGUUGCGAACGGCAUUGGGCGUUUGCAGAUGGUUCGAGGAGAUGCUGAGACCCAGGGUGCAGCUGCAGCUCUUGAGACCUUGAAGGGAGUUCGUAUCUUGGUCUCUUUCUCUGGCCAGUCAUCCGAGAUGAGAGAUAUGCAACAGUUGUCAGGUGGACAAAAGUCAAUCGUAGCGUUAACACUCAUCUUCUCCAUACAGAAGUGUGACCCGGCACCGUUCUAUUUGUUUGACGAGAUUGAUCAAGCCCUGGACACCACGCACAGGAAAGCAGUUGCAGACAAAAUCAAGCAGAGUGCAGAUAAUGCACAAUUCAUCACUACUACAUUCCGGCCAGAGUUGCUGGACACUGCUGACAAGUUCUACGGCGUUCGUUUCCGCUACAAAGUCAGCACGGUUGAGCGGGUGUCUCGUGAAGACGCAGAGGAGUUUGUUGUUGAGCAGGGUGAGGAUGCUCAUUGAUGCGUGAUGAAAAGAAAAGAAACGAAUGCAGUGCCUAUUGCUGCUGUUGCUGCUACUGAGAGAUGAACGCCUGUUUUCAUCUCGACAUUUGCCAUGGAACGCUGCCCAAGGAAUGUCUCCCCUUGCCUUGAUGCAAAAACCACCGCGCUGCACCGGUGUAGGUAGCCUUCUCUAGCUUAUCAAGCUAUCACAUAUGUCUAGCAUGGAGAAACAUGAAAAUUGCCAUAAUCACACUUUUUAGAGCUAGCUGAGAAAGUCAAUGUAGUUUUCUCUACCCAAUGCACUGCUUUUUAUUACAUCUUACCUUCUGUGUCCACCAUCUCCUUAUCACAUUCCCAUCACACAGCAAAAUGAUAUGCACUGGCAGUGCAUACAAAGUACUAAUUUUGCUGCUAGCCAGAUACGUCAUGGGCAGACUCACCCUCGUAUUUGUCUUUCUUUUUAUACACUGUGUGUUUUUAUACACUGAGUGACCAUUCAUUGCUGGGCAUGCCUAAUUAACAUAUACGCCAUGGUGCCCAAUGGCAGUAUCAUGAAAACUUCGGAAUGCACAAGUUGAGUAAAAAAAAAGAAGGAUAGAGACAUCCGAAUCAAUCAUGACAUUGCAUAUUAGUUUUAUUUGUGUGCCUUCUCUUGCUUAUACUGUGAGCGAGUUGGCAACUUGGUGUAUUUCACUUCUCUAUCGUAAGUCUUGCCUGGGCUUUCUGGUUAUCUGCUGGCGGUUUAUGUGAACUUUUUCUCCCAUUAUAACAAUGCUCUACCACUAGAACUGAAUACACCUUUUAGAUAACAAACGUCUAA